AUGAUUUACGGGGAACGGAGCGACUGCAACAACUAUCGUGGCAUCUCGCUCCUCAGCAUUGUCGGCAAAGCAUUUGCCCGGGUCGCCCUAAACAGGUUGCAACUCCUCGCUGAACGCGUUUAUCCAGAGGCGCAGCGCGGCUUCAGGGCCGCCAGGUCAACUAUCGACAUGGUGUUCUCUGUGAGGCAGCUGCAGGAGAAAUGCCGGGAGCAGAGGCAGCCCUUGUACCUGGCAUUCAUCGACCUGACCAAGGCCUUCGACAUGGUCAGCCGAGAUGGAUUGUUUGCCCUCCUCCAGCGGAUUGGAUGUCCCCCAAAGCUCUUGAGCUUGAUCGUGUCCUUCCACCAAGACAUGAACGGGACUGUUCAGUUCGACGGAUCAUGCUCAGAACCCUUCGCAAUCAAAAAUGGCGUGAAGCAGGGAUGCGUCCUUACCCCGACCCUUUUCGGCAUCUUUUUCUCUCUGCUCCUGUCCUACGCCUUCCAGGACUCUGACGACGGCGUCUUCAUCCACACCAGGAGCAGCGGAGGUCCCUUCAACUUGGCGCGUCUUCGGGCAAAGACAAAAAUACAGACGGUGCUCGUCAGGGAACUACUUUUUACCGACGAUGCUGGCCUUGUCGCCCACACUGAAACAGCACUGCAGCGACUCAUCGACCGCUUUUCAACCUCCUGUGCAGAAUUUGGUCUCACCAUCAGCCUGAGGAAGACUAAGGUCAUGGGCCAAGACGUCAGUAGUGCCCCCAGCAUCUCCAUCGGUGACCACACCCUUGAGGUGGUGGAAAAGUUCAUCUAUCUCGGGUCUACCAUCUCCAGCAACCUCUCCCUUGAUGCAGAGCUGAACACCAGGAUCGGCAAGGCAGCGACCACGAUGGCCCGUCUGACGAAGCGAGUGUGGGAUAACACCAUGCUCACCACCAACACCAAGAUGAGAGUCUAUCAGGCAUGCGUUUUGAGCACUCUCCUUUAUGGACGUGAAACAUGGACACUCUACUCCGUCCAGGAACGCAGGCUGAACACCUUCCACCUACGCUGCCUCCGUAGACUGCUCGGCAUCACUUGGCAGGACCGCGUCACCAACAUCGACGUCCUGGCCAAGGCAGGGAUGCCCAGCAUGUUCGCCAUCUUGUCCCAGAGACGUCUGCGUUGGCUAGGCCAUGUCACCCGAAUGGAUGACGGCCGCAUCCCUAAAGACAUGUUGUUUGGGGAGCUGGCCACUGGCGCUAGAUCCACAGGACGCCCGGCCCUCCGUUACAAGGACGUAUGUAAGCGCGACCUGAAGGCUGGUGGCUUCAGCCCCUCUGACCUGGAGAUAGCCGCCACGAACCGCUCCUGCUGGCGAUCCACCACCCGGGAUGUCGUCAAGGAGGCAGAGGACAUGAGACACGCCCGAUGGGCGUCUCCGAAAGCAACAGUGGCUGCAAUCAGCCCAACUACAUACACAGGAGCCGGCCUUCACUUGCAGCAGAUGCGGCAGACCAUGUGGUUCUCGUAUCGGCCUUGUAUUACCUCAGAAACACCCUUUGCGAGGACAGCCAUUACCUGUGAUUUAGCAAGUGCGCGGGUAAUGAGGCUCCGAGAUGUAGGGCUCUAUACAAAUAACCUUAUACUCUUCCAUUAUCCGGGAGACAACUUUAUCGUAACUCGAUACACGUACCUCUCCAUAAGAACAGUUAAAAAUAGUCCUGAGGUUUAA